AUGGCUUCCAGUGUUUUCGAUGAGCCAGAGGACCCCUAUCUUAAUCGCAGGAACAACCCACCAGGAGGAAUGCCCAAUGGGGUGCUGUGUGGGGAGCCGUCAGCCCCCCUGAAGAGAGGAGGGAACAACGGAACCAACAGCUCAGCAGACGCCCCCCCCACCACAGAAGCAGAAAUGUCUGUGCGUGAUCAUGCAACUCUUCCUCCUACUCACAAUAAAAGUGAAAGUAACCAGGCAGGAACGCGGAUCCCUGACACCGCAGCACAGUUCGGUCAGUACGCGUCUGGUACAGCAGCAGAAGUGAUCCUGUCUGUGGAGGAGCGCAUACUGGAACUGAACAUGGCCCUCAUUGUUAUCCUCUUCUUUAUUUCCACUGCGACAUCUGUUGGUGCUUCGAGCUUUUUUGCAACCCUGGAUUGCAAUGCUGAAAGCUAUGGAAAGCAUGGCCAGCAGUCACUGCUGCAGUGUGUCGUCAAACCCAUAGAAGAGGCAGCGGACAUGGAAAUCGAAAUGGUCUAUUGGAAGAAAGAGGGUGUGGAGAAGCCCUUACUGAUUUUUUACGAAGGAAAGACAACAUUGCAGACAGACUACAUGUUUGCUGAGCCGUCCUGGAACAGUAAGAACAUGAACGUGUCCCUGCUCAUCACCAACACUAUGGUGGAACACGCUGGAGUUUACAUAUGCCGGGUGGGAACAAACUACGGCGAUUUUGAAGUGACCAUCAACCUCAGAGUCACAGCCAAAUACAGUGAACCAACCGUAAGCUCUGUCCUGGGGAAGAUUACCCAAAACACAAAUGGCCACCAAAAAGUGUUUGGAACCGUGGAUUGCAAUGCUGAAAGCUUUGGCAAGCAUGGCCAGCAGUCACUGCUGCAGUGUGUCGUCAAACCCAUAGAAGAGGCAGUGGACAUGGAAAUCGAAAUGGUCUUUUGGAAGAAAGAGGGGGUGGAGAAGCCCUUACUGAUUUUUUACGGAGGAAAAACAACAUUGCAGACAGACUACAUGUUUGCUGAGCCGUCCUGGAACAGUAAGAACAUGAACGUGUCCCUGCUCAUCACCAACACUAUGGUGGCACACGCUGGAGUUUACGUAUGCACGGUGGUAACAAACAACGGCGAUUAUAAAAUGACCACCAACCUCACAGUCACAGCCAAAUACAGUGAACCAACUGUAAGCUCCGUCCUGGGGAAGAUUACCCAAAACACAGAUGGCCACCAAAAAGAUGGCCCUUUGACAAACAAUGCAAGUGAGGAGGCGGAGGAGGAGAAGGUUCUUCGUAAUAAAGACGACGAUGGCAGCCCGGUGUGAGGAGACACUUCAUGUCACAUGGAUGUACUAACUUAAGGCUCCUUUAUGCUUCUCCGUCUUUUCUAAUAAGGACAGAUAAGACCGCUCUAUCCGCCGUGGAACGCCCUCUCUGAGAGCCUCGGAGAGCUUUUCGUGCACCUCUGGUUUUUCUAACUAUCCGUGUUUAUUUUGGAGACCCCACUGACAGCCCUUGGCUGUGAUUGGUCCGCGAACUACAUCAUUUCCGUACGACAUCAUUUCCCUACGACGUCAUUUCCGGAUUUCACAUUUCCGGACCUCAAACUUCCUGCUUCACAAUAAAUACAAACACAACUACGAUUCUACGAUUAAUGUAACGUGUGUGUUAAGCCAGCAGAGUUGUCUGGCUGACGGUGGCUCGUUAGAGCACUGACGGCAUGUAUGCACGGUCACAUACGGUUAUAACGAGCUUUCAAAACGGCGCUAGCGGGCUAGGCUAGCGGGCUAGCAACCUUGCUAACUGCGGUGGUAACAGUGCAAAAACCCGCUGUCACGACUUUAAUUCCACUGCUAUCAUGACACUGUUUCUACAAUACCGUCAGGUUAGAAGCAAACACUGGGUAGUAGUUAGUGUCGGGAGUCCCUGCUGACUGUGUGUGGAAGCCCGGGGGGAAGCUAGCUAGCUCCGUGUAGCUUAAAGCUACAUGAAGCCUCAAGCAGAUUCAAGCUUUGGAAUCAGCAACACAGUUGGGAAACAAGACCGAGGAACCGCUGCGCUAAGAAACGAUAACAUCAGCAUUUUGACCCGCUGGGUGUCACUUUAUUUAUUUCUGUUAGUUGCCAUGGUUCAGUGUGUGGGAGGCCAGCCGACAGAGGUAAAUAAACACACGUGGACUUCUUCUUCCCAGAAAUGGGGUAGGCUUCUCUGAGCUCGUCUUCCGUUGCGCCACCUAUGAGUUUGGCGGGGAAUUGUUUUUAGACGGAUAGUCGUCGGAAAGGCAUAAAUCAAAAAGACUCUCUGGUCUUCUUGCGUCCCUCUCCGAGAAACGGAUACGUAGAAGCAUAAUGGAGCCUUUACUGUCAACCUCUAAAUCAUCACUUCCUUGUGUGCUCUACUUCACAAUAUAACCAGGGAUAACUUGUAUUGUAUUACUCUGAUUCAUCAAAGGACAUGUACCACCUUUAUUUACCCACUGUAAUAUCCUUAAGUUGACACUUUUAAAAUCAAGUCUGAUUACAGGAGUGCAAAUGGAAAAUAGAGAUCAGGGAGUUGUGUUCAGACUGUGAUAACCACAUCAGGAACUAGAGCAAUAUAAUAAUGCAAGGGCGUUGGACAUCUGAGUCAGUGCUGGUCAUUGGCUGGAAAAAGAUUGUAUAGAUCCCUCUUUGUUUAGGCUGAGCAGAAGCUGUGGCAAUAUGUAGAUGGAAUUUUUUUCUUUUCACUUUCUCACCCUCUUUAUCAGUGUUCUAUUGAUAGAGGCACAGUGUGUGUGUAUUUGUGCGCACGUGUGCACAUGUGUAUCUAUAGGUGAUGGGCAAUUUUGGUUCAAUACUGUCAUUGUGAGGACAUUUUGGCUGGUCCUCCCAAAUUCAAUGGGCUGUUUGAGGGUUAAGAUUUGGUCUUAGGGUUAGGGUUGGAAUGAGUGUGGAAAGUUUCAGGACAAUGUCAUGUCUGAGUUCAUGUCUGAAAGCAGCUCAUGCCUCAAUGCUCUUCUCGGCUGUUGCUCUCUGUAAUAGCCCCCCCCCCCACACGCUCCUUCUGAUAAUAUCAAACCAAAGCUUCAGCAAUCAUUAUUAUGCACGAGGCGGGACAGACCCAAAAUUGCAGUUGUUGGUUUUUUGUAGCGUAUUUUACGAGACGCCCCUACAUGAAGAAUCACAAGAGAUUAUUAUUCUUAAAUGACAUGAUUUAAGAUUAAGAUUAUAAAACACAUGUAGCAUAUAACUGUAUAUAGAAAUGUAUAGAAAGUCUUGAGGUCUUUGGUCUGUCUGAUUUUAAUCGAAUGUUACUGAGAAAAUCCAACCCUUGCAAAUUUCAUAUCCUCAUUCUAGCCACUGAGAAAGUACCGGUUGUACUUCCCAGAGUGUCACAUGAUCUCACUGUUCGGCCAGAGCUGGAUAGUAAAUGCUGUGUUUGUUUGAUGUACAGUGCUCGUUCAACAUUUGGCAGUAAUUGGCAACUUAGCUUCACCCUCUGAGACAAGUCUUCAGUUUCAUUAUUAUCUCUAUCUGACGGCAGAUCAAGUCGUCCAUAUCUUAUGGAUUUUGUGAAUCAUUUUGGCAGCAGGUCACAAGGAAGCUGUAUGUAGUUGUGGACUAAAACCACCUGUUAAUUUUUCUUGAUGCUUUGGGUCAAUCAUUAACUUUUAGGGGAGGAAAAACAGGAUCUGUAUGAACUUUGAAUAUCUCCUCUACUUUUAUGUUCUGGCAAUUUGAAAACUAUAACAUGAGCCUGCGAGAACUGUUUUGCAUAUACAGUAAUGUUUUUUUUAUUUUUUUUAAUGAUUUUUGAUAAAAUUGCUGAGUCCUGCUCUGUGGAUGCAGAUUGCGUGUGAGGUUAAAAUGAAAGCUGUGAUAGGACUGUGUACUUCUUGUUGGGAUUAACAUGAACUAUAGGAGCUGUGAUCUGUUAAUGUGACUUAAAUAAACCACAAACAAAAAGA